AAAAGUAAAUUUAGUCAACAUUCUCUUAUCUCCCUUAUCUUGUCAUGAUAGCACAUGACUUCAGUGUUCUCCCGUCUGCAACCGACACAAGAAAUACGAGAACUCUCUCUAAGUUUGAUCGUGUGACGUCAUUUCCGGCGCCAUGGAGAGAACAGCUGAAGCGUGCGGCGGGGCGGUCACCAAGAGAACAGCUGUUUACAUCACGUGCACAGCCAUUCCCUUGUUACUGUACAGCGUGGUCGUCCUCUCAAUAGCCUUAGCUGACGACUGCUGCGACUAUGGCUACGAUAAUGUUGCUGGUAAUUUUACAGUGCCGGAAAGAGAGACAGCUGGGGCCUUGUUCUUCUCUGGCUAUGCGACGUUGUCUUUGGGUGUGAUGUUUCUAGUUACGGGAAGUGUGUUCUUGUGUCUCGUCUCCAAACAGAACAAAUCGUCCCUGAACAUAGAUUCGACACGUGAACAAGAAGCAUAUCCACGUCAGUUAGGCCUACAACAUACUCAACCUGGGGUAUAUCCACAACAUACUCGGGUAGAUGUAUACCCACAGCAUCCUCAACCGGGGGUAUAUCCACAACGUACUCGGCAAGAAGUAUACCCACCGCAUGCUCAACCAGGGGUAUAUCCGCAACAUACUCAACCUGGGGUAUAUCCACAACAUACUCGGCCAGAUGUAUCCCCACAACAUGCUCAACCAGGGGUAUAUCCACAACAUACCCAGCCAGAUGUAUCCCCACAGCAUCCUCAACCGGGGGUAUAUCCGCAACAUACCCAAGGCGAAUAUCCGCAACAUACCCAAGAAGGUGAAUAUCCACAUGCGGCUAAGAAAUAGAAAAAGCAAAAUCCGAGAUUUGUUGUUCUUAGGACUAUCAUACCUGCACAUAUGUUGAUCAAAGAAGUUUUCGUAAACAUCUUGAGAAUUUCAAGAAUGCGUAAAUAAAUGCAUGAAAUAAAUGAAAAUACAUUUAGAGAUUCCUAACCAGAAAUAAAAGUCGCUGUCUAUGAUGACUUUAGCGUCUAGAAAAAAA